AUGGUCGUGGAUGAAGUUCAAAUUCAAGCGCACGCCAAGGUGAACGGGACGACGCACGUCGAUGACCGAAUGGACGUCGAUCGUAGGACGCCAGAACAAGAGGAGCGGGUCGUCAGCCACCAGGACCACAGGACAGCGCACGAUAGCUCGACACCUGCUCCAGCCCAAAGAUCCACGCCGCCGCAUCGCGUGCAGAUCGACAGCACCCUUCCCGUCCCAGGGAUAUGGCAGGCGAAGACAGCGUCAAGCCAUGCUUGCGUCAAUCAGUGCAGCGUCCAUGUAUACGAGCGCGAUGCCGUAAAGUGGAACGUGGCGCGCAGGCGAUCUACUAUCAAAGGACCCGAAGACAACGGUGUUGGUGAUGCGCCUAGGAGGAGUGGCACGACGUCCAGGGUGGAAGACGAUGUGUCGAUGAUGGAUAUCGACGUGUCGAGGCUUGAAAGCGAUGCGUCGAGGGCAGGGGAGAAUCCCUCCGUAAUUGUGGACACGCUCGUGCACAUGCAGAGCCAGUGGCCAGAGAAAGGGCACCUGGUCAUCAAACUCAAUGAACAAAGCUGGCUGCCCGUUGACCUGCUCAGAGGUAUUGAGAAGAAGAUAUUUGUUGCUCUGCAGAUCCUUAACUUGGGAAAGAGAACUUCGCCCGAAGAGGGGCUCGACGAGCCCGCAAACAAGACGCGCCGACUCCCAACAUCGGGCGCGACACAACCUCCCCCAGGACCUGAAGUUCACCUGGCCUUCCCCGAUCCAUCGAAACUUGCCGGUCGCUCCCCUGCCUUCCAGCAACCCAGUCCCCUUGUUUCCUUCUCCUACACCCCCGCCCGGGUUCUCGAGUUUACGAACUCGGCGCUCAAGUACUACAUUCCGCCCCCGCGAUCGGGACUCCGGCUUGACUACGGGUACGAGCGCUGGGUGCGGCGGCCAGAGGAGCGGGGGCGCUUGGAUGGGCUUCUGAAGGCGUACGCGCGCGUGCUAGAGCGCGGGGCAGCAGGGCAGAUUGGGAUCGUGUCGUGGCGCGGGGUGAUGACCAAGAUAUUGACCGCGCCGUACGAGGACCGGGAUGGAUGGGAUCUCAACGUGAUGCUCGUUGACGGGACGAUGUACCUCGAGGAGCAUCUUUCGGACGCAAAGUUGAAAGAGAAAAACGACAUGGAGCCUCGACAUCGGAAGAUGUCGUACUACGGCUACGCCUUCGAGUCGUACUGCACCUCCGAGACGCCACAACGCGCGGCCGGGCGUCCGCCGCACGUCGCGCCGGACGCGCCCUUUCCAUGGGGCGGGGACGUAAAUACGAACGUGCAGUGGUGCUCAGUGGUGAAGACGAAGCUAGGCGAUACGCGCAUGGUCAUUGGGGGCGAGGUGGACUGCGUCGAGGGCCACUAUUCGGAUUCGCGCACGAACAACUUCGUCGAGCUCAAGACGUCGAUGGCAAUCCGCGGCGCGUCCGACCAGGCCAAGUUUGAGAAGAAGCUGCUCAAGUUCUACUUCCAGUCCUUCCUCCUCGGCGUGCCGAAAAUCGUCGUCGGGUUCCGCACGCCUGCGGGUGUCAUACGCGAGAUCCAGGACUUCAAGACGAUGGAAAUUCCAAGGAUGGUUCGCGGGAAGCCGGGGGCGUGGGAUCCGACGGUGUGCCUCGCAUGGGGAGAGAGGUUUUUCGGGUGGUUGAGGGGGAAUGUGGGCGAUGCUAGCGGCGACCAACCCGACGCGACCAAUGGACAUCAAGCUGCCGCCGUCUGGCGCGUGCGCUUCACCCCCAAAGCGGGCGUGUCGGUGAGCAGGCUGGACGUGGCGGGUGUGACGGAUGUGGAGGGGGGCGAAGAUCGCGUUGGGUUCUUGCCGAGGUGGUAUUGGGAGGAUGUACUCAAGAAAUCGCCUACGAAUAGCGGACAGACUCGGAGGGUAACACCAUCUGAAUAA